AUGGUACAAGAAAAUGGCCCGGAAAACAGCUACGAAAAUCAGGCGCAUCGCCGUCUGCAACUUGUGUACUCGCGGCAAACACGAGAACGGCAAGUAUUUAUGCAAGAACUUAAAGAAAUUCGCAAGCGAAAAGAAAAGAAUAUGCUUAAAAUUAUUAAAAACCUUAUUGGCCCUACCUGGUUGCAAGCUCUUAGUGUACCUCAGAGAAAUGCAUUAGAUACAUUGGAAUUCUCUAUUUAUCAGGAUUUACUUGAAGGUCGUCCAGUUCGAACAGCAAAUAUUAUGCGCCAACUUGGGCUUUAUCCUAGACCAAAUAAUAUCGACUUGUUUAAUUGUGUUUAUCUCGGACGCAAAGAUCCAAAGGAGAUGCUUGCUCAACUGUUUUUUAUGACUUAUGGACAUCCAAUCGAAGGCAAGCGAUCUUCUUAUUGCUUAAAUGCUAGACUAAUACUUUCCGGUAUUCUAUAUUUGGGACUUAAUAAUUUGUUGGAAUUGCUGAAAAAACGGUUUAGACCAGAUCCUAAGGAAAACCCACAAGAGGGUAAGCCAAAAGCAAAAAAUAGGGUUCCAUUAAAAUCACCCUAUCUCCAAGAUAUGGUCGCUGUACUUUACUUGCCACCUAAAAGAAAACCCUUUCAAGCAGCGCCUCUACCUAAUUUGGAUGAUCUCAACGAACCAUAUGAAGAAGAGCCGCCAAUUCCAAAACCUCCGCCUCCACCACCACCGCCCCCGCCGCCAAGGAAACGAUUACCGCGGUCAUAUUGCGAAAAGUUGGCAGGUAUCAUGAAUAUAGAACCGCAUUCUUCAGUCACUGCCGUCGCUGUAAAAACCGUUACACGAAGAAGUCGCCUACAUAAGCUUCGAAGCUCUAAGAUGUGCGUUGAAGUUAAAAAAACAUACGGUAUCAGUAUGACACGCCCAAAUAAAGGUACCAAGAGAAAAAAACUCAUAGCUCCCAGUACAGGCUUAUGGAACGCACAGUAUACCAUCAAUGGAGUAUGCAAAAUAAACGGUAAAACAGUAUUCUUGUUAGGAAGUGUUUCUAUAUUACCUCCAGAUGGCGAUCUAAUUAAUGGUGGAUAUAGGUAUAUCGGUGGACAAUACAUCAAUAUACACUGUGGUUUCCGUGCUCGACCGCCACCUCCGAAACCCGACCCCUGUAAUUGCGUCAAGAAAUGGCAAGAAGCAGUGUUCAAAUAUGUAAAGGAAAACAAAUGUCGCUGCGGUCAUCAUUACGACUAUGGAAAUGAAGGAACAUUUCCUUCAGACGAACUCCCUUACUUUCAAAAAUCAACGAAAUUCACACCUUAUCAUUUCGACUACCACACUAUAUAUAAUUUAGAUGAAAAGGAAUUGUAUAUCAAAAAAGAGUUUAAAAAAAUUUGGGAAACAGAUAGUGCGCUGCACGUGGGUGACGAUACCGCUCUCGAAAAAAAAGACAAAAAGAAGAAAAUAGUGAAAAAAUCAUCGUCAACUUGCUUAGGACAGAGUCCGAAGCCUGAAGACUAUCUCAAAUGUGCUUUAAGACAAAUGAGAAAGAUAAAUAUUGCAGCUAAGCUUCCGGAUGUUCAUUUAGUACCAGAGCUGAAAGAGUGGAUGAGACGACGCAUUUACGGGCCUUUUACAAGUUAUGAGAAAAAAGAAAUGUUAAGAAAGAGCAUCUCGUUUUGGCAAACAUUUUUAACACUAGCACAGAAAGGUUUCGGUCACGUAUAUCCAAAGAAAGAUCCUGCUUUCGCUGGACACACAACUUGGGUGCAUAAACAAAACCUGAAUGAUAAAUUUAGAAAGUUUACUCAAAAUUAUAAAAGGGAGUUAUUUAGGUCGUAUGCUUAUAUUUCAAACCUUUUAUGGCCGACAAUGUGUCAAGCAGAGUUCCCAGAUAAAAAAUUUCGUGAAAUAUAUUUUUCGUAUAUUUUUGGACGUAUAGAAGAUUUGCAGCUAAUGCAUCCAUAUAGUUCUAGAGAAACAAUGGAGCGGAAAUUAACGAUAGGCAAGAAAAGGUACAGCUGCCCGCCAGACGGAUACGAACCUGCUAAU